AUGGUCGGUAAACAAGCCUGGAGGACCCACACCCUCUCACAGCCCCGGGCCUCUCCCCUCACUAGGAAAGCCCAAGAUGGAAGCGCGGCGAAGCCAGCCCGUGUCCCCCCUCCCCUCUCCUCGCCGGCGACGCUGGCCCCGGGGGUGGGGUGGGGGGAGAUGCAGGGGGGGGCGGCCCGGGAGACCCAGCGGCCAGGGUGCCGUGAGGGAGCGAGGGGCCGGCCAGGCCGCGCGGCGGGGCCGCCAGGGGCCUGA